AUGAAGGACGUUGGUCUUUGGACAAUUUCCAAAGUUGUUCUGAAUCACUCACACCCUUGCUAUCCAGACCGUGUAGAGAUGCUCAAACAACACAAUGAGCUAAGCAUGUUUGUGCGUCGAACCAUCGAAACCAACGAGGAAGCCGGAAUUAGACCGAGCAAAACUUACCAAUCGUUCAUAGCAGCAGCCGAAAGUCACCAGGAACUCAGUUUUAUAGAAAAAGACGUACAAUCUGGUUUUUGGUUCAUUUGUGGGGGUGAAUCACCACAGUCAGUCAACACUUCUUGGAUGCGCACUGAUGAAAAACAAGGACAUCAAUCAUUCAAAUGGUUAUUCGAGUGUUGGUUCCGUUGCAUGGGAGGGAAGCCACCAAAAGGCAUUCUCACCGACCAAUGCGCAUCGAUGCAAAGGGCCAUCGAGUUGUCCAUGCCAACAAUAAUUCACCACUGGUGCAUAUGGCACAUUAUGAAGAAGAUCCCAAAUAAACUAAACGACUACAAGCGACACAAAAAAAUCGAACAAGAGAUGAGCCACGUCGUUUGGAACUCAUUCACAAAAGAUGCAUUCGACAGAAACUGGAAUGAUUUCCUCACAAAGUACGACUUAGGAGGCAACAAGUGGCUCUCUGAGUUGUAUGAGGAUCGGCAUAUAUGGGUUCCAGUUUACCUGGAUCACCACUUUUGGGCCUGGAUGAGAAGCACACAAAGGAGCGAAAGAAUGCAUGCAUUUUUCAACAAGUUUAUCACACGCAACAGCUCCUUAAGUCAAUUCAUGAAGCAAUAUGACAAUUGCCUAGCAAGCAGAGAGCAAAGAGAGAGAGAAUUCGAUGCUGUAGAUUUUCACACCGUGAUACCGUGCACAACAAAAUCAGCAAUAGAGGCUCAAUUUCAUCACGUUUAUACCCAUGAGAAGUUCAGGGAAGUUCAAGCUCAAUUUAGAGGAAAGUUGAAUUUUUUAGACGACGAACCAACGAUUCAGUCAAGUUCCAGCUUUUACAGUGCACCGGAUAUGAUCCAGAGAGGAUUAUACAAGUUUUAG